GAUCAGAGGUGCAACAUGGACAGAUUGAGCGUUUCUCUGCUGUUGAUUUGGGCAUUCAGAUGUUCAUAUGCAUUUAACAUGGACACAGAACAUUCACUGUCAUUUAAUGGCAAACAAGAAGACUUCUUUGGCUACAGCGUCCAUCAGUACCAAUCUGAAAAUGGGAAAAGGAUCAUCGUUGGAGCUCCAUUAAAUAAUUCAACAGAUAGAAUUUACACCUGUCUCACAAAUCUAAGGGCCUGUAGACCACUGCAGCCAGGUUCAAAGAGUAACAGACCGUUGGAUUUGUCAACCGCUGUGUCGUCUUCUGGUACCCCACGCAUCACUAGUUGCAGUCCAUUUCUUGGACAUGAAUGUAAUGGAAACUCGUAUCUUAAUGGUAUCUGCUACCAGUACAACAGCAGGUUACAGUCGGACUCCAACUUCACCACAGGUUUUCAAGAAUGCACAAAGCCAGAAGUCAAUCUGGUGUUUCUGUUUGAUGGAUCUGAAAGUAUGACAAAAGACCAUUUUGAUUUAAACAAAGAUUUCAUCGUAAAUAUCAUGACAAAACAAUCAAACAUAAAGUUUGCUGCUGUCCAAUUUUCCAAAUCUUUCCGAACUGUGUUUGACUUCAACGACUAUCAGAACAACCUCGCUAAAGAGAAACUCAUGAAAGAGCCGCACAUGAAUGGGAUCACAAACACGUACGGUGCAAUACAAUACACAUUAGACAAGCUGUUUAAUAACUUGUCGUCUGGAGUGAACCCCAAUGCUACAAAAGCCCUGGUGAUAAUAACUGAUGGAGACCCAAGUGAUGUUGAUUAUGAUAAUGUCAUCAAGUUAUGUGAAAAGCAAAAUAUCCUCCGGUACAUCAUUGGGGUCGGAAAUGUUCACCUAACAAGACUGAUAUUGAUGGCUUCUGAGCCCAAAGACGACAACACCUUCUACAUUGAUAAUUACAAUGGACUCCAGGGACUUGUUGACGAUCUGCAAAAAAAGAUCUACAAUAUUAAGGGUUCACAUGAAACAAACAAAAGGAACGACCAACAGAACUUUGAAUCAGAAUUAUCUCAGAGUGGAUUCAGUGUUGUCUAUCACACUACGGACUCUUUGAUUGUGGGUUCGGUGGGAUCUUAUAACUGGCGUGGAGUUCUGUAUGAAGUCAGAGGAUCUGGAUUCAUAGAGACCGAGAUUAAAGAUCCAGCUGUCAAUAAAGACUCAUACAUGGGUUACUCUGCUGUGAUUGGACGCAAAGGCAAUGUCUCUCUGCUCGUCUCUGGAGCUCCACGUGCUGAACACAAGGGUCUGGUGACGCUCUUUAACAAAAAUCACAACACAUGGACUGUACAGAAGAACAUCACAGGAAUUCAGAUCGGGUCGUAUUUUGGAGCGUCUCUGAGCCUGUUAGACGUCGACUCUGAUGGAGAAUCAGAUUUUCUUUUGGUCGGGGCUCCGUUAUAUUACCGCUCUCAGCCGAGGGGAGAAGGGAGGCUAUACAUCUAUACUUUAUCAGAAAAGUCAUUUCUACAGAUGAUCAACAUGUGUGAGUCAAAUGCAGGCAGAUAUGCUGCGUCUCUAGCAUCACUAAAGGACCUGAAUGGAGACAGGCUGUCAGAUGUGGCGGUCGGAGCACCGCUGGAAGAUGAGGGGACUGGAGUUGUGUACAUCUACCUUGGCGAUAAGAUGCACGGCAUAAACCUGAAAUAUAGUCCUCAGCGGAUCUCAGCGAGGUCAGUUCUGCCGGGUCUGCAGCAGUUUGGAGUCUCUGUGGUGGGUGAGAUGGACAUGAAUGAUGAUAAUCUAACAGAUGUUGUGAUUGGAGCACGCGGAGGAAUCGUUCUGUUGAAAGCUCAACCUGUGAUGUUUGUAUCUUCACAACUCAGUUUCAGCCCCAGUGAAAUCAGCUUAAAUGACUUUACCUGUUCGGGUGUGGAUUUGUUUCAUGCGUUCACCCUCACUUCAUGUUUCACUGUGUUCGAGCGAACCAGCAGCACAGGUUUACUGAACAAGGAUCUGAAAAUCUCUCUGAAUAUUAAUCUGGAUGUUGUAAGAGAAAUGAAUCGAGCAUUCUUCAAGGUGCAGAAUUCAAGGUCCAGGAGUCUUCAGAAUUCCACCCUGCUGGUUUCUAAAGCCUCCUGUUUUAACUUCUCAAUCUUCAUGCCACGCUGUGUUUAUGACACAGUGAGUUCACUGAAGAUUCAAAUGAAUUUCUCACAAACUGAGUUGUCUUCUGAUCAACCAUCAGCUAUUCUAGACAUCCACAGCACGACAGGGAUGUUUGUUGAGGUACCAUUUGAAAGGAGCUGUAACAGUGACAGGUGUUUGGCCGAUCUACAGCUGAACUUCAGAUUUAUUAGUGAGACCUUACUGGUGGUGAAUCAAGCUUAUUUUAUGGUUCUUAUAACGCUGGCCAACAAAGGAGACAACUCUUAUAACACCAACAUAGUGCUGCACUACCCAGAAGGCCUGUCGCUCUCCAAAUUUGAUGCUGUUAAGAGCCACACACGCAGCAGCUGUGGCGAUCGAGAUGGCGCUGCUAUGAAGAGAACCACCUGCAGUAUCAAUCUACCAGGGUAUCGAAGCGGUACUGAAACUGAGUUUCUAGCAACAUUUCGUGUGACAAAUCGGGACUACGACUGGCCAGAUAUGAUGGACAUGAUCAUCAUUGCCGACAGUGAUAACAACGGUAACACCACUGAUGGCACAGUGAAGAGAAGUAUACCGGUUCAGUUCGCCGUUGACUUGGCUAUCAGUCUAGUGAGUAAAUAUUCUGUCACGUAUCUGAAUCUCUCUCUGGAGGACAGAAGGCCAAAAUCUCUCAGCAUCACUUACAAGGUGGAGAAUCUGGGCCCUAAAUCUCUGCCAGUAUCAGUCACACUCCUAUUGGCCUGUUCCAAAACACAUGUGAUGUUCACACCGGAGAGCUUCGGCAUAAACGAGGUCUUCGGUCUCUCUAAUUUAACACAGUGUCAGAUGAUCAAUGAGAAACAGGAUGGUUACUGUGGGAAGUUUCAGUGUGAUGAAUUCUAUCUGGAGACAUCUGCAGCUGUUUACUUUAUUCUGACGGCACAAGCUGCGCUUCAAAACACAAAGGAGUUUGAAUCGAGAUUUUCCUUUCACGAGUUCAGGACAGAUUAUGUCUUUAACAUCAUUGCCCAUCUGAACUACAACAGAAGCCGCUACAACCAGAUGAUGACUGGUUUAAAGACAACAGUCAGGGUGGAGUUUGUAAUUCUGCCCAGUCGAUUGCUGAUUAUUUGCACGGGUGCUGGAGGCGGACUGAUCUUACUCAUUAUCAUAUUAGUUGCACUGCAGAAGUGUGGUUUCUUUAGGCGCAACCGUCCUGAGGAGUUGAACACAUAUGGAAAUGUGUUUGAAAGCACACAUCAUGAUGGUCCUCCCUUGCAAAGCUUUAAUGAAAAUAGCGAGGAAACGAUGGAUGAUAGAGAGCAAAGGAGCAGUGGUGGAGAGAUGAAAAACCGUGAGACAUAGAAGACGACAGGUGAUGAAGAAGAGUUUGAUAGUAAUACAGCGAUGCAUGGAAGUGAGGGUGAGAUAUCUAGCAGUGAUGAAGACGAAACUACUUCUAAGCAAAACUUUGAUGAAAAUAGUGAGGAAACAAAGGGUGAUGGAGAAAAAUAAGCAGUGGUGGAGAGAUGAACUACCGUGAUACAGAGAAGAAGACAGGUGAUGAAAAAUAGUUUAGUAAUACAGCGAUGCAUGGAAGUGAGGAUGAGAUGUCUAGCAGUGACGAAAGAGAGAUAAAGAGCAGUGAUUAAAAGAUGAGGAAAAGUGAUGAAGGUGUAGAUGAAUAAAAAUUAUCUGACAAAAGAAAAUCUUUGCUUCUGAAGGUCAAAAUACAGAGGAGCCAAACAAACAUUCUGAUGAAAUGUGAUGUGUCAUGUAGGGUUUUGUGAUGUUUUCAGUGCAUAUUUAGUUUACUUUGCUUACUUUCAAAUUAACAUAAUUUAGUAUUUUUAGGUUAAGAAUUUGUUCAGUUUCAUCAUUUAUAUUUUAACGUUUAGUGUAUAUGUGUGUUUAAUACGUGUGAGUGUCUGUGUGUGUUUUAUUAUCUGCUUUGUGUGAAUAUUUUGUGCUUCAUAUUAAUCUUAGUAUUAACAGUAUUAAUAUCAGAACUGUCAGUAAUGUAGGUAUUAAUGCAUUAGACAGGUGAUUUAUUAACCUGUUUUAAGUUCAGAAUAUCUAUGAACACAUUUUUUUUAUCCAUUUCAGGUAAAAUAUUUAUAUAUUAUUUUUCCUUAUCAUUUUCAUUGUUUUAUUUUUCUUUAAUGUCAAUCCUGUGUUAUUAUCUGUAUAUAACCUUUAUUUUGAAUAUUAUAGUUAUAUUAAAAAACAAGUGGAAUAAUUAU